ACAACACAUACCUGCUGCCUCAAUACCUGCUGCACAUUUAUUCAUGUCAGAAAGCACCACCGGCCACCAUGUGGACGAGGCAUGAGAGCAGAAAUUAAAGGGACUUGUCUGAAGUCAGUUAUUUGCAGUUACUGUUUCUUCCACACUGGAUAUGUCUGUAUAAUCAACUGGAGUCAAGUGAUAUUUCAUAUGCGCUCACUCAGCAUGGAUCCACUACAAAUGACAUGCUCGCAUGGAUAUUAUUCGUCGUAACGAAUAGCUUUGGACGAUUGCUUCACCGUAUUCAUCUAGAUCAAGUUUCCCUGACCGAUCUUACUGGAUUGGAGGUUUGUGAUGGCAGCUAUGGGAGAGAUCGGGACGUUUUUACAGAGCCUGGAGGGUUUCGGACAGGUCGGAUCACAGUUCUUUCUACCGCCUCUAGGAGAAAACCUCGGGCUGUUGAAUGAUCAUUUAGUUCCAGCAGAGAGACUGUCACGGAGCACCUCCGCAGAUUUAACGCACUUGAAAGGGAUCCUGCGGAGAAGACAGUUGUACUGCAGGACUGGAUUUCACCUUGAAAUACUCCCGGAUGGCAGUGUGCAGGGCACGAGGAAGGACCACAGUCGUUUUGGUAUUUUGGAAUUCAUAAGCCUUGCAGUUGGAUUAAUAAGCAUCCGUGGAGUUGACAGUGGUCUCUACCUUGGGAUGAACGACAAGGGAGAACUUUAUGGCUCUGAGAAACUCACAGCAGAAUGUGUCUUCCGUGAGCAGUUUGAGGAGAACUGGUACAAUACAUACUCUUCUAAUCUCUACAAGCACGGGGAGAGAGGGGCACGAUAUUUCGUGGCUCUCAACAAGGACGGCACGCCACGUGAUGGGACAAAAUCAAGGAGACAUCAAAAGUUCACUCACUUUCUUCCAAGACCGGUGGACCCUGAAAAAGUUCCAGAACUUUACAAAGAGGUGCUUGGACACAGCUGAGACCAUCAGUCACAGUUACGGGGUGAAAGAGAUGCCCAGUUUCUUCUCUGCAUGAGAAGAUGAUAAUGUUUGGCCACAGCGUCCAAACUAGAGAUCUGCUCUGGAAAUGCACUGGCCAGUAUUGACGGUGAAGACAACAGUCUCGAAAGACUCCCAAAGUGUGAAAGCCAAGUCGCAGUUGGUGUCUUUGUUGCUGGUUCUAACUGACUAGUAGCAUAACCAUGAAAACCAAGGGUUUUGGAGGUUUUAAACAUGGUGCUGCUUUGCUCUGGAAAUAUUCAAUAUGGGUUAAGAAGGACUUGAAGGAACAAGUGAUGCUCAGAGAUGACAGAACUGGGACGGUGGAGAGCAGGAGAUGCCAUCUCACACGAUGUUAUUUAUACAGUUCUUGAUUCACAUAUUUAUUGUAUGUAUUUAUUUAUUUGAAAAUAUAAAUAUAUAUAUUUUUACAUCUAAAAGUAGAUUUUUUUAUUAGACCAAACAGUAGAAGGUGCUUUGAAAUAGUGGCAAAGCUGUUCUUUUUAUAUGACGGAAACUGUAAAAGUUACUUAUUACUUACUGCUAUGCUAUUACAGAGAGCAAGAAAGAUUGUGAUUUCCUAUUACAAAUGUAUGAAGAAUGCCAUGAGACUCUGUGAUUUUAAUAGAUUUGUUUCAAGCACGAUUUCCCAAAAUGGCAUGCUGCACAGUACAUUUUACAGGCCAUUAAAUCAAGUAUUAUCAUAAAAAAGCUUGUUUUGUUUGAUAUCGUUUGUUAAUUCUGAAACUAUCAUAAUCUGGAAAACAUGCUUUCUGACUAUCAUGGGGUUACGUGGUUGGAAAGGAAACAAACCAAAGUUGUCUUCUUUUUAAAGGCAUAAUUCAUCCCCCCAAAAAAUGAAAAUUCUGUCAUCAUUUACUCAUCCUCAAGUUGUUCCAAACCUGUAUAAAUGUCUUUGUUCUGUUGAACACAAAGGAAGAUAUUUUGAAGAAUGUUUGCAACCAAGCAGAUCUCGCCCCCCUAUUUUUUUUUUUUCCUUCUAUGGUAGUCAAUGGGGGGGCGAGAUCUGCUUGGUUCCAUUCUUCAAAAUAUCUUCCUUUUGUGUUCAGCAGAACAAAGAAAUUCAUACAGGUUUGGAACAACUUGAGUAAAUGAUGACAGAAUUUUAAUUUCUGGCUGAACUAUCCCUUUAAGUUGCUGUUUAGCCUAGACCCAGGGUUGUCCUGUACUCAUCAGCAUCAAAGUUCUUUUGCGAGACCUUCUCAAGUAACAGUUGCACAAUGACUGAAUCUGAGUGAAAUAAAAACUGACCUUUUCUUUUGGGUCAAACCCAAAGUUAGAGUAAUCUCUGCUGAUGCUUAGUAAUGAUGCCUGCUAAAUACAUCAGGCAAAGAGAAAAUGCAUCUGCUGUGCGGUCUAUAAGUCAAAUAAUUGGUAAAAAACAAAAAAUAGAAAAACACUUAUAAAGUACUAUUUUAAUUCAUCAUACAUAUAAAGCACACAAGGUUUUGUGUUUUCUUUGACAGAUAGUACCAGUAUUUUCGCAUGAAACCAAGCAAGACGCUCUGGGGAAAAUGAUAUGAGAUUUAGACACCACGGGCUAAACCUUCCUGAAUGUUGUUUAACGGCUGAAUGAGACAUUUCCACAACAAUGACUAAAGAGGCACAUCUAUACACAGUUUCUAAACGGAUGAGAGGACAUUUUAUAUUGAAGCAUGAAGAUACAGUCUGUGAUCUCAGUAUCUCUGUGAUGGUGAGCCAGGGUCUGUCUUAAGAGGGGAGUGUACCUGCAACAUUUUACAAUGUGGGAUUUUCCCAAUCUUAAAACUGUGACUGUUAACAACAGAUAUAUGAGAGUGUGAGUAUAUGAGCUUCACUCCAUGAAGAUAAACAAUUGUAUAAUUAAAUCACAAGUUUUCUAUCAUCAUAUAUAGUUUGAUUCAUUUUGUACAACAUUUUUAUGGUUUAACAAAUAAAAAGUCAAUGUUU